GCGACGCGGCUGAAGCUAGGGGAGCGCGCGUGCGCCUUCGCGAGUUCUGCGCUGCCGGGGCCGCGGUGUGAGAUCCGGUGUGAGACAGAAGUGCGGGCCGCGGGAAUGUUCCGAAAGGCCCGGCGAGUGAACGUGCGUAAGCGGAAUGACUCGGAGGAGGAGGAGCGAGAACGCGACGAGGAGCAGGAGCCGCCGCCGUUGCUGCCGCCGCCGGGCACCAGCGAAGAGCCGAGCCCCGUCGGCGGCGACAGGGCCCCCGGAGGGGAGUCGCUGCUGGGCCCGGGGCUGCCGCCGCCCUCCGCGCUGACCUCGGGCCCCGGGAUUGAAGCCGGGGGCUGCUUCCCGGGAGGCGCGGAGCCCGGCAACGGGCUGAAGCCGCGCAAGAGGCCACGAGAGAACAAAGAGGUGCCCCGGGCCAGCCUGCUCAGCUUCCAGGAUGAGGAGGAAGAAAGUGAAGAAGUUUUCAAAGUGAAGAAAUCAAGUUAUAGCAAAAAGAUAGUAAAAUUGCUUAAGAAAGAAUAUAAAGAAGAUCUUGAAAAAUCGAAGAUUAAGACAGAAAUCAACUCAUCAGCUGACAACGAACCUCCUUUGGACAAAACAGGUCAUGUUAAGGACACCAGUCAAGAAGAUGGAGUUAUCAUCAGUGAACACGGGGAAGAUGAAAUGGAUAUGGAAAGCGAGAAGGAGGAAGAAAAGCCAAAGGCUGCCGGAGCCUUUUCAAAUGCUUUAUCUUCUUUGAAUGUUCUCCGACCAGGAGAAAUUCCAGAUGCAGCUUUUAUACAUGCUGCUAGGAAAAAGCGUCAGAUGGCCCGGGAAUUGGGAGACUUCACUCCUCAUGAUAGUGAGCCUGGUAAAGGCCGCCUUGUUAGAGAGGAUGAGAAUGAUGCCAGUGAUGAUGAAGAUGAUGAUGAGAAACGCCGUAUAGUUUUUUCUGUGAAAGAAAAAUCGCAAAGACAGAAAAUUGCGGAGGAAAUAGGUAUUGAGGGGAGUGAUGAUGAUGCUUUAGUAACUGGAGAACAAGAUGAAGAGCUCAGCCGAUGGGAGCAGGAGCAGAUCAGAAAAGGAAUUAAUAUCCCUCAGGUUCAAGCAAGUCAGCCCACUGAAGUGAACAUGUACUACCAGAACACUUACCAGACAAUGCCUUACGGUUCAUCCUAUGGCAUUCCUUAUAGUUACACAGCCUACGGAUCAUCCGAUGCCAAAUCUCAAAAAACAGAUAAUACAGUCCCUUUCAAAACUCCCAGUAAUGAGAUGACUCCCGUUACUAUUGAUUUGGUAAAGAAACAGCUUAAAGACAGGUUGGACUCCAUGAAAGAACUGCACAAAACAAAUCGACAGCAGCAUGAGAAACAUCUGCAAAGCCGAGUGGACUCCACCAGGGCUAUUGAAAGAUUAGAAGGGUCUUCUGGGGGUAUUGGUGAACGGUAUAAAUUUUUGCAAGAAAUGCGAGGGUAUGUCCAAGACUUGCUUGAGUGUUUCAGUGAAAAGGUGCCACUGAUUAAUGAACUUGAAUCAGCAAUACAUCAGCUGUACAAACAGCGAGCUUCCCGCCUUGUCCAAAGACGACAAGAUGAUAUUAAAGAUGAAUCUUCGGAGUUUUCAAGCCAUUCAAAUAAAGCUCUGAUGGCACCAAAUCUUGAUUCCUUUGGACGAGAUCGGGCACUGUACCAAGAGCAUGCAAAACGUCGGAUUGCAGAACGGGAGGCGAGAAGGACUCGUCGUAGACAAGCCAGAGAGCAAACCGGUAAGAUGGCAGAUCACCUUGAAGGCCUUUCCAGUGAUGAUGAAGAAACGUCUACAGAUAUUACAAAUUUCAAUCUGGAAAAAGAUCGCAUUUCAAAAGAGUCCAGCAAGGUUUUUGAAGAUGUCCUUGAAAGUUUCUGUUCAAUCGAUUGUAUUAAAUCCCAGUUUGAAGCGUGGCGUUCAAAAUACUACACAUCCUACAAGGAUGCUUACAUCGGCCUUUGCUUGCCAAAGUUGUUCAAUCCCCUCGUAAGGCUACAGCUUCUCACUUGGACUCCUCUUGAGGCAAAAUGUCGUGACUUUGAGAAUAUGCUUUGGUUUGAAUCUUUGCUGUUUUACGGUUGUGAAGAGCGAGAGCAAGAAAAAGAUGAUGUAGAUGUUGCACUGUUACCUACCAUUGUGGAAAAGGUGAUUCUCCCUAAACUAACAGUGAUAGCUGAAAAUAUGUGGGACCCCUUUUCUACAACACAGACUUCAAGAAUGGUUGGAAUUACUCUGAAAUUAAUAAAUGGAUAUCCUUCAGUAGUGAAUGCGGAAAACAAAAAUACACAGGUGUACCUAAAAGCGCUUCUGUUGAGAAUGAGGAGAACUUUAGAUGAUGAUGUAUUCAUGCCCUUGUAUCCCAAAAAUGUCUUGGAAAAUAAAAAUUCUGGGCCUUACUUGUUUUUUCAACGACAGUUUUGGUCUUCAGUUAAGCUCUUAGGGAAUUUUCUUCAAUGGUAUGGCAUUUUCUCAAACAAAACUCUUCAGGAAUUAUCAAUAGACGGUUUAUUAAAUAGAUACAUUCUCAUGGCUUUUCAGAAUUCAGAAUAUGGCGAUGACAGCAUCAAAAAAGCCCAAAACGUGAUCAGUUGUUUCCCCAAGCAGUGGUUCAUGAAUCUGAAGGGAGAAAGAACUAUUUCUCAGUUAGAAAACUUCUGUCGAUACCUUGUACACUUAGCAGAUACAAUUUACAGAAACAGUAUUGGGUGCUCUGAUGUGGAAAAAAGAAAUGCAAGGGAAAACAUAAAACAGAUAGUAAAACUCCUUGCAAGUGUUCGAGCUCUGGAUCACGCUAUGUCUGUUGCAAGUGACCACAAUGUGAAAGAAUUUAAGUCUUUGAUCGAAGGAAAAUAGAUCUAUGAGACUGAAAAGAAGCCUAUUUGUUCUAAUACCAUUCCCAAUGUAAAAAUUUUGUAUAUAUGUAAAGUUUCUUAAACUGUAAAAUAUUGACUCUUGUUUUAAUACAAAGAACAUUAUUAAUAUUCAA